AUGGGAAGCCCUGUUGAUCUCCCCCUUGGUGUUGCUGCUGCCUUCCGAGGCAGAGGGAGCCACCAGGGGCUUGGGGAGAGACAGAGAAAGUGGCGCUUGGAGCUUCCGACGCACGAGAGGACAGAAGGAAGAAAGGCAGAGAGAGGUCCCGGAAACAAACACAGUGGAGAGGGGAGGGCAUCCCUUAACGGGAGACAGCCAGUCGCAGUAGGAGAAACAAGGCACGAAGAAGGGCAGUCACCGAGGGACCCUGCUACCGAUGCAGUAGAGCCAGGGCACCGAGACUGCGAGCAAAUCCCCCCCUCGCCCUCCCCAGCGAGCUCCCCAGAUUCGUCAGGGGCCUCACAGGUGGCCGCCGCCAUCGUCUCGGGAGACUCAGGACGAAAUGCACUGCGCAAAGUCGAACGCUGCACGGAGGCUUCCUGCGGGCGCCGACCCGAAGAAGGGGCCUUGCUCGCGCUGAGGCUACGGGGUUUUAGAGGCCCUGCUCCCCCUGACCGCUUGGAACUAGGGCAGUGCGCAUGGGCUGUUCUGCAUACGUCUGCAGCUGCCUUUCCAAUGCAGCCAACUGCUGAGCAGAGGACGCGUAUGACGUCUUGGCUGCGUUCUUUCUUCGGCCUGUAUCCUUGCGGGGAGUGCCGGGCACACUUUGCGCCGUACGCGGAGCCUUGCACCGUAGACCACCCGCAACGCCAAGAUGUUAGAUGUGUCCUACGUACUGAAGUUUCGACUUCCGGCGAAUACGCACAUCAAGACGCGCCGAGAGCACUCGAGGCGCAUAUGUUCCACUCGAGCUUAGUGCCCCCGUUUGCCGUUGACUGCCAUGGUAUUUAUAGCUACUUCUACAGCUAUACAUAUAAGAAUAUGUAUAUACAUGUAACGCUACUGCGUGGUGCCGCUAAGCAUAUUAUAGAGAAUGCAACUGCAGGUGCGCCGUGUAUCUGCACUGUCAACAACACGGCGUUGCCUCGAGGGUACAAGCAGGCAGCGAUGGGGGCAGAGGGGGGACACGUACUACAGUCAUACGGCAUCCGCCGUACGAGGUUCGGGGUGCAAAUGCCCAAUUUAACUGCUAUUGAGGAUGCUAUUUUUAAAGAGGCUUCGUGA